AUGGCAGAAGAGCUGAAACUCUCAAGAGUUGUUUGUGAAUUCAGACAUACCUUUCUUGCAGAGAAACCAGGAAUAUGCCCUGAAGAGAGACUCAAGUGUCAGACUAACAUUCAAAGAUCGUGUGCAGGGGAUUAUGGCUGUGAGGAACACUUGAAGUGCUGCCAAUUUGCCUGUAGGAAGAAGUGCAUGGAUCCAUACGAAGAACCCUGCAUGCUAACAUUCGAUCAAGGAAACUGUAAGCAUUUUGAUAGGCGCUGGCAUUAUGAUUUAAAAAAUUUGUUAUGCAAACCUUUUAAAUAUGGAGGCUGUGAUGGAAAUUCCAACAACUUCCUCAGUAAGGAAGACUGCAUGAAGGCUUGCUCGUUAACCGUCAAGAAAGGACAGUGCCCACUCUUUCCUUCCAAGGACCGUAUGCAAUGUUCGGGUUCGUGUAAGAGUGACAAUGAUUGCGCUGAGAAUGAAAAAUGUUGUGAAUCCAUGUGUGGCUUUGUUUGUUCCGUCUUCUGGAUAGUCAAAACAGGUUCCUGCCCACCAAAGCCCCCAACAUGUCUAAAGAUUGAUAAACCCCAGUGCCAGAGAGAUGAGGAUUGCCAGUUGGGGGACAAGUGCUGCUCACGUUGUGGACUAAAGUGCCUGGAACCUCAACCCUAG